UUGUUCUUUGCAUUACAACUGCGAAACUUACACGGAAAAGAAAUUGCUCUACUUAAAAGGAUUUAAGUUUUUAAGUAAAUUGAAGACAACUAUUUAAAAAAAUGGCCAGUGUUUAUCGGUUAAAAAACAAUUAACUAGAUGGGAGAGAUAGACAGUGGAGAAGUAAACGUCUGCAGAGCGGGAGUGACGCGCGCCGCCGUGCCGGAGCUGUUCUUUCAGCACCACAGACUCGCUUCACUGAUUCAAACUCCCCGUACGACUGGCGCUGCUGUGAUGUGGAGCGCAUUGAAAGUGGUAUCUUCGAAUGCGCUUUAUUAAGGCCAAAAAAAAAGAACAGAAGGAGAAGAGGAGAGAAUGGGUGAGGUAAUGCACGACACUGUGCGAUGUACCGACUGAGAAGGUUCCUGGUUAAUGCAGAGGAGGAAAUAACGGAUCAGAAGAGCGAAUCCUUUCUGAGAGGAGAAGAUGCUCGCCUUGGCGCCUGCCGAAGGGCUGCAGGCUGUGCUAGCCGCAGCUGGUAAUUUCACAGACCUCACCUCUAAAGACAGUAAAACGACACGAUUAAACCGGAGCACGGAGCUACAAGUUGAAACCACGGAGAAGUAUUUAGAAAAAAACAGUCACCUCAAACAGUCAAAAUGGAGUUAAACCGCUCCAUGCCUACGCACAAGGCGCGUUCGCUCUAGCUUGACCGGUUACCUUCGCACCUGAGAUCUUCCGCCCAUUAUGACCGGCCAGAGUCUGGAGGAGCUGACAGAGGCCAGUUUUGAAGACAGUGUCAUCUGUAUAAAUGUGGGAGGAUUUAAGAAAAAGCUGAGGUCCAACACCCUUUCCCGGUUUCCAGAAACGAGACUCGCGAGGCUGUUGAGUUGCCAGUCCAAGGAGUCGAUAUUAGAACUUUGUGAUGAUUAUGACGACAAUGAAAAGGAAUUUUAUUUUGACCGAAAUCCCACGCUUUUCCCCUACGUGCUUAAUUUUUAUAACACUGGACGACUCCACGUAAUGGCCGAACUCUGCAUUUUUUCCUUUAGCCAGGAGAUUGAAUACUGGGGCAUCAAUGAAUUUUUCAUUGACUCCUGCUGUAGUAACAUUUACCACUGCAGAAAAAUUGAGCCGGAACACGAAGACUGGGAUGACAGAAGUGAAGAAGGCAGCACCACUUCUUCCUUUGAUGAGAUACUUGGAUUUUACAAUGAUGCUGCUAAAUUUGAUAUGCAGCCGCUGGGAGCCAUUCGGAGGAGGAUAUGGUUAAUGCUGGACAACCCUGGCUAUUCUAUUCCCAGCAGGAUUUUCAGUGUGCUUUCUAUUCUGGUGGUUCUGGGCUCUAUCGCUACCAUGUGCAUGAACAGUAUGUCUGACUUUUUGAUCUAUGAUAGUGAUGGCAAGUCUCACGAGGAUCCCCGAUUUGAAACAGUGGAACACUUUGGUAUUGGAUGGUUCACGUUGGAAUUGAUUGCUAGAUUUAUCGUUGCUCCAGAUCUUAUCAGAUUUUUUGAGCAUCCUUUAAAUAUUAUUGACCUGAUGUCCAUACUGCCUUUCUAUCUGACUCUUAUUAUCAAUCUGGUGGUUGAGAGCAGCCCAACACUUGCAAAUCUUGGUCGAGUGGCUCAAGUACUCAGACUGAUGAGGAUUUUCCGCAUCUUGAAACUAGCCAGGCACUCAACGGGUCUCAGAUCUUUAGGUGCCACGCUCAAGAACAGCUAUAAAGAAGUGGGGCUUCUGCUGCUUUACUUAUCGGUUGGAGUAUCAUUUUUCUCUGUUGUAGCUUACACCAUAGAAAAAGAAGAAAAUGAUGACCUGGCCACCAUCCCUGCCUGUUGGUGGUGGGCUACUGUUAGUAUGACCACAGUAGGGUAUGGAGAUGUAGUCCCAGGAUCCAUAGCAGGGAAACUUACGGCAUCUGCCUGUAUUUUGGCUGGAAUUUUAGUGGUUGUGCUGCCCAUUACGCUCAUCUUUAACAAGUUUUCUCACUUCUACAAACGUCAGAAGAAACUGGAAACUGCCAUGAGAAGCUGUGACUUUGAUGAAGGAAUAAAAGAGGUCCCCUCAAUUAACUUGAGGAAACUACUAUGCACACAAAGUGAAAUCACUGAUGGUCAGCCUUUCAAACAUGAGUCGGAGCUCCCCAAGCGAGCAGAGCCUUGACAGUUCUUUACAAUAACAUGCUAAGCAUCUGAGGCCUCGCCAGUGAUUCCCUUGUAGAGGAGCACUUACAUGUGUAGUUGUAGAAAUUGUGGACUUAGACGGACAAUAUUCAUGGUGUUUUUCUAUCUUUAAAACCGACUAUAGAUAUUUGAGACAUUACAUAAAUGACCCAUUUCUAUGCAGUAUUGAAAAACUGCAUGAAAACAACCAUCCAUGUUUCUCAUUAACUGCUGGAUGACAGCAUCUGGAAGCAGUGUAAGUGAGUGACUUGUGUUUGACCGCUUUAUCCACGAUAUGCUCUGUAGGCUGCACAUGGGAGCACACACACUUAUAUCUAUAUACACAGAGAUGUGCAUCAUCUUCAGAAUGGCUUUGGUAUAUUUGCUAUUGCUAAUGAACUGCUGACACCAAUUUAAAUCACCUUAAACACAUUUGUAAGACUUGGACAGUCCUCAGCACACCAAAAGCAUGGCUACUUGUCAGAAAUGAGUGUUAAUGAAGUGUCUCAAUAUGCAAUGAUUUAUAUGCAGUCCAGUGCAGAAGCAUUCUCAUUUGUAUAUAACAAUAGCAGAAACAUUGUGAUUCAAUAAUGCUGUUGCUAAUAAAUAGUAAAAUGUAAUGUAUCUGUUAAGAGUUUACCUCACUAAAUUUCUCUUUGUUAUGAUGUAUACAGUAAUAGAAGACUCAUUUUGAUUUGCAUGUUCAUUAAUACAAAUUCAGAUGCAUUUGGAAGCAUUUUACACUUUUACAUACCUUGAAUUAAAAGUCUACAGCUCUUUACUGCCUUCGCAAUGAGUGACAAGGAACUCAAUAUGACAAAUUCCAUGAAAAGUACUAUUAAUUUCUGUCACUUUCAGCUUUUCUUUAAUAUCACCCUUCUCAUUAGAGCUAUGCAAAAUGCAGAAAGGAUUUUUAUGUAAACACAAUUACAUACAGUUGAUCAAAUUCACAGUAAUAAAUUUAAACAAGAUGGAAACAUAAGCAUAAUAUUAUUUAAAAGAAUCAUCUAAAAUUGUUCGAUCCAGGGGGUGGGUGGGGGAAAUAAACAGUUCACCAUGUGGAUUGCUCCUGAUGCCUAUUAGUGGAAUGCCAAUCCUACUAAAAAAAUCAAAGACAACACAAAUGUUACAGGCUAUAUGUUGCAUCUUGGUUAUAGGAGUGUGGAAGAGGUCAAUCCAUUUGCUAAUCGUCUAAUGUACACCUCAGUGUAGUCUUUACAAUGAAAACCUUAGGAACAUCAAUUACGACUCCCAGGGGAAAGACAACUUAUUUAACAAGGAUAAAUUUUUAUUCAGAGUCACAAAGUGGAUUUGUCUUUAGAUUGUGGCCCUACAUACUGUGGAAGGUGAGCUCCACUGAAAUGUUAUUGGCAAUCCAAAACAGAGCUUUCUUUUGAAAUAACCCAUAAAAUAUUAAUAAUGUAGCCUUCUGUGUUAACUUUAUCAGUUUCAGUCAAGUAGCAAAUAGAGGAAAAUAAAACACACACAUUUAUUUUACAUUAUUCUCAAAGAAAAAAAACCCAAAAUGCAAUAUUUAAAUUUAUUCAUCAGAUGCUUUACUCCAUAUCAACUUACUAAUUGUUUUCCAGAGUUAUAACAAUGGACACGUGGGAGGGUCAAAAGAUAGUGAGGAGACAGCAAAGGCAGCUAAAUAAUGUUCAGCAAUGGUUAAAAAAAGCAAGUAGAACAAGCUAUAUUUUGAACAGCACCUUUUCAAGUUAAAGAGAUUUGCAGACACGUUUUAAAGUAAGCCUAUUAUUCAUUCUAUACAGGGCUUGAAAUGUGCUAUGUCACCUAAAGCAGGGGUUUUCAAGUUCAGUCUUGGGGGUCCCUCUGUGGUUGCAGCUAUUAGGCCCAACCAAUUUCAUAUUUUAAAUGGCAAGCUGCCAUUUCCCAGUUCCUAUGCUUUGUUGUGCUACUCCAAAAAUUAUGUAUGCUAAAUGACUGGAGUGUAAAGGAACAAUUUUUGUAUUAGACAGCAAUGAAUGAAUAUUUUUAUCUUGCAAUGUAGUAUUUUUUUUCCUUUGUUAAUAUUUAAGUUAAGACAUUAUAUAUUAAUAAUGUGAAUAGCACUGAAGCAGCUGCUGCAUUUUAGCAUUCAGUGUUAUUUGCAUUGGUAUCCUCUCUACUGGUCAUUAACUGUCAUAUAUAGAUGCAAUUUAGACGGCAAACUCCACAGAAAUAAAUUAAAGGCAAAAAAUAUAUAACCAUAAUUUGGUACAAAUGUAAAUCUUAACACUACCAUAUUUUUCUAAAUGCAAAAUAAGAAAGGUUGGGUAAUUAAAAAUUAGAUCAAUUAGAGGUACAGAAAGUAUUCAGACCCCCUUCAAUUUUUCA